AUGCAUGAGCUAUUCCUCUCAGCAUCAGUGGAUAGCGAAGAUGUCUCUCGUGCUCUGCGGAUAUUACAAGGCUAUUGUGGUAUGAUACCACAGCCCUUUAUUCGACGACGAUUAGUAUUCGAAGGUCCUCGGAGUCGGACCAAUUUGAAAGGCCUUGAUCCUUCCUUUCUCAAAAAGCAACCGCCGAAUAAACAAUUUUGGUGGAAGAAUCUUAACGAUCAGCUGAUUCGUCAAUCUUAUGUUCUUACUCUUAUAUAUGAUGUUGAUAGAAGCCAAUUUGGUCAGCCAGCAAAGGAGCUUGGUAGUGGAGAGGACAAAUCGGGCCUACUGCCAUGUGAUGAGGUUCCAGGUACUUUGCGAUGGAAUGAUCUCCCAGAUCCAGCAAAUGCCGCCAUCGUGAAUAGCAGGAUGUUCAUUGCCAUUGACAAUGAAAAGUCAUUAUGUAAACUUCUACAAGACAGCAAUCACCGAUUCACGCGAGAGAUUAUUCAAGAAUGUCACCGGACAGUUCACAACAAUAUAGUUUUCACACUUAGUCGUUACUUUGAAGUCCCUUCCGAGUUUCAAGAAGUUGAUGGCAAUUCACGCCCUAAGGUGAACAGCAGGUUGCCACCAUUUGAAUUGUUGGAACCGUUUGAUGCUGAAGACAAAUGGAUUCUCACUGCUAGUGUGGAGGUUCAGAAUGGAAGCGAUCCUGAUCAUAUGAAGAGUGCAAUGGCGGAGUUAUCGGGAGUCCAAGAGGAGUUUAGAGGAUGUUUUGCUCUAAAAGCAGCAGAUAGGCAUACCUUUGAUACUAAAGUGAAAGUCCAGUCUUGA